GGAGAUUUUCAGAGUUGUCUGUCCCUUUCCUACCCCAGUUCCUCAGCUCUGUUCCUGCGCUGACAGCCAUCAAUUACAGACCCCUCUCCUGCGCCCUAAAGAGAAAAUGUUCCAGACUAAAGCUGGGAUCCUGAGAGCUCUCUGCUUGGCUUUCCUGCUGAGUGUGCAAGGAGCUGGUGCCAUCAAGGCGGACCAUGUAUCAAUUUAUGCCAUGUUUGCACAGACACAGAGACCGACAGGGGAGUAUAUGUUUGAGCUUGAUGAGGAUGAGAUGUUCUAUGUGGAUCUGGACAAGAAGGAGACGAUUUGGCAUCUGCCAGAGUUUGGUCGAGCCUUUUCCUUUGAUGCUCAGGGCGGGCUGACCAAUAUGGCUAUAAUGAAGUCAAACUUGGAUAUUCUGAUUCGGCGUUCUAACCACACCCAGGAACCCAGCGAGCCUCCUGAGGUGACCGUGUUCACCCAGGAGCCCGUGGAGCCGGGCCAGCCCAACAUCCUCAUCUGCUACGUGGACAAGUUCUUCCCGCCGGCGCUCAACGUGACAUGGCUGCGCAAUGGGCUGCCGGUCACCGAGGGUAUCUCCGAGGGCGUCUUCCAGCCCAAUAAAGAUUACACUUACCACAAAUUUUAUUACCUGACCUUCCUUCCCUCCAUGGAGGACUUCUACGACUGCAAGGUGGAGCACUGGGGGCUGGACGCGCCGACCCUCAGUCACUGGGAGGCCCAGGAGUCCGUGCAGGUGACCGAGACCACGGAGAAUGUGGUCUGCGCCCUGGGGCUGAUGGUCGGCCUGGUGGGCAUCAUCAUUGGCACUGUCUUCAUCAUAGGGGCCCUGCGCUCCUCCACACACAACCCCAGAAACCAGGGACUCCUAUAACAGCAUUUCUGAAAGGAAGAAGACUUGACAGAUCCGGAUACUAACAGCCCCACAAGCUCCAAUUUCAACUCUCCUUUUCAAUCCCUAUGCUCUCUGCCCCACUGACUGACUUUAUUGAAGACCCCUUAAAGCUUUACUUGUGAUCUUAAAGCACAAAGCCCUUAGUAAAGUUCCCAAUAAACAGGAGGUAAUGAAUUCA